UGCGUUUCCGUGUUUAGCCACUAGCUCGGUUUUUCCUGUCAGAGGAGCUCACGGAAACGAUUGAGUCCGACUAAAAAACGUCAAUACUACAAUGUCAGUGGUUCAAAAUUAAUAUCGUAGAAGACUCAAUCAAUGUUUAUUUGCGAUCAGCGGGGUGCUUUUGUUUUAUGAAAUGGAGAGUGCAGUGCCAACACCCUCUGUAACAUGUGAGAUCAACAGAGCAAUAUAUUAACUGUACGUCUUUAACGAGCACUCUAUAAAUUGAUGGUGGCUCCGUUGAUAAUUCUUUUCAGUUUCAUACUCGUCUAUAUUGUGGGAAAAUGAAGAAGUUUAAUAUUAGAAAGGUCUUGGACGGCUUGACGGCAGCUUCCUCCUCCUCUGCAUCUGCACAAUCGGGAAGCAAGGAAAACGAUGCAAUUCCAGAAUCCCUACAAUCAGAGCAUUUUCAGCUGUGCAAGACUGUGCGUCACGGCUUCCCUCAUCAACCGUCCUCCAUGGCGUUUGACCCUGUGCAGAAGAUACUGGCCAUCGGGACGCAGAGUGGAGCUUUGAGGCUCUUUGGGCGUGCUGGAGUGGAGUGUUACUGCCAGCACGAGAGCGGAGCGGCUGUCAUCCAGCUCCAGUUCCUGGUCAACGAGGGGGCGCUGGUGAGUGCCUUAACUGAUGACAGCAUACACUUGUGGAACCUGAGGCAAAAGCAACCGGCUAUACUGCACACGCUCAAAUUCAGCAAAGAAAGGAUCACCUUCUGCCAUCUGCCCUUCCAGAGCAAGUGGCUGUAUGUUGGGACGGAGCGAGGGAACAUCUACAUCGUCAACGUGGAGUCCUUCACCCUGUCAGGCUACGUCAUCAUGUGGAACAAAGCCAUCGAACUGUCCACUAAGACCCACCCAGGGCCUGUGGUCCACAUCAGUGACAACCCCAUGGAUGAGGGGAAGCUCCUGAUUGGCUAUGAGUGUGGGAUUGUGGUUCUGUGGGACUUGAAGUGCAAGAAAGCUGACUGCCGCUACAACUACGAUGAGGCCAUCCACUCUGUGGCCUGGCACCAUGAGGGGAAGCAGUUCAUCUGCAGCCACUCUGAUGGAACUCUGACCACAUGGAACGUACGCGCCCCCGCCAAGCCUGUACAGACCAUCACACCGCAUGGUAAACAGUCCAAAGAUGGGAAGAAGCCAGAGCCAUGCAAGCCCAUCCUGAAAGUGGAGUACAAAACAACAAGAGCUGGGGAUCCGUUCAUGGUGCUGUCCGGGGGGCUGUCCUACGACACGCUGGGGAGGAGGUCCUGUCUGACGGUGAUGCACGGCAAGAGCACCACUGUCCUGGAAAUGGACUACCCCAUCGUGGACUUCCUGACGCUGUGUGAAACUCCUUACCCCAACGAUUUCCAAGAGCCUUAUGCAGUCGUGGUUCUACUUGAAAAGGACUUGGUUGUGAUCGACCUUGGACAAAUAGGGUAUCCCAUCUUUGAGAACCCCUACCCACUGAGCAUCCACGAGUCUCCUGUGACCUGCUGCGAGUACUUUGCUGACUGUCCUGCUGAGCUCAUACCUGCUCUGUACUCUGUGGGCUGCCGCCAGAAGAGACAAGGAUGCAGCAAGAAGGAGUGGCCUAUAAGUGGUGGCAACUGGGGCCAGGGCACACACAGCUACCCAGAGAUCCUGGUCACAGGACAUGCGGACGGCUCAGUCAAGUUCUGGGAUGCUUCCGUGUUAAUGCUUCAGGUCCUGUACAAGCUGAAGACAGCCAAGGUGUUUGAGCGGGCUCGUGGCAAGGAGGAGAAGCCGAGCACAGAUAUCGUGGAUGAGGACCCGUUUGCCAUCCAGACCCUAUCGUGGUGCCCAGAGAGCAGGAUCUUCUGUGUGGCGGGAGUCUCCGCCCACGUGAUCAUCUACAGGUUCAGCAAACAGGAAGUCACCACAGAAGUGAUUCAGCUCCUGGAGGUGCGUCUGCAGUGUGAGCUGAAUGAUGUGGGCUUUCCAGACGGGGCAGUGGAGCAGACUCCCACCCUGCCCACCCCAGGGACUACCUCCUCCAGCCCCCAGGAGAGCGAGCCCACCCCCCCGACCUCCACAGGCAGCAACUCCUCUGACGGGCCCAGGGACAAUGUGCCAUGUCUCAAGGUGCGGAGUGCCCCUCUGAAUCAGUCUCCGGGGUACCAGGUGGAGCUGGUGGUGCAGCUGCUGUGGGUCAGUGGAGAGCCACCCCAGCCAAUCACCAGCCUGGCGGUCAACUCCGCCUACGGCCUAGUGGUGUUUGGCAACAGCAAUGGUCUGGCCGUAGUGGACUACCUCCAGAAGACCCUGCUCCUCCAUAUGGGGACGCUGGAGCUGUACAGCCCCACAGAGCCCUACCUGAGGCAGCCUCGCUCGCCACGCAAAACACAGCCCUCUGGAGACAUUCCACCUGUGACGUCUUGCAUGUCCAGCCUGUCUAGCUUUUAUACCGAGUCUGUGAAAAAACUUCGAUCCUCUCACUUCCCUGUGUGUGAAACCAACGAGGGAACCAACACCACAGAGGAACGCUGCAAGUCCCCAACAUCAGGCCCCACAUCGCCCUACAACUCAGAUGAGGAGCGCAAACAGCAAAGGUUUAUGCAGAAGGUGAAAUCCAAAAGCAGGCGCUUUUCCAAGACGGUUGCCAAUGACUUUGCCAAGAUGUCGCGGAAAAUUAGCUCUCCUACCACGGAGCACAAACCAGACAUGGGAGAGAUAGUCCUACGACAGUGCUUCCACAAGCAGUCUGGUUCUGUGAAGGUAGCCAGGAAGCCAGGGACAGCACCCAUGCUGGACGUCCAGAGAAGUCAAUCAUGUGGCAGCUUCAAUACCAACAACGCCUUUGCCCGUUCGCGCAGCUCCAGUGUGACCAGUAUAGACAGAGAGUCGCGGGAGGCCAUCUCCUCUUUCCAGCUGUGUGACAGUUUCCCCAGGAAGACCGAUCCUGCCUCCGCCCCGGGACCGAGCCUGUGGGUGGGCACCUCCCAGGGUGCCGUGCUGGCUGUGUCUCUCUCCAUGCCCCCCGACGGAGACCAGAGGCUGCAGGAGCAUGUGGGCGUCUCACCUUGUGGGACCCUGGUGAGACUAAAAGGAGGGGUGCUGACCAUGGCCUUUCUGGACACGUCAGGGGUCCUAAUCCCCCGCCCCUGCGAGCUGUGGUUCGAGCCCAACGCCACUGACCAGGACAGGGAGCGUCCGAAGAGGCGCCCGCCUGCCUCGCCCCCGGCCUACUCUGAAGGCCAGUACGCCGUGGUGUGCUCUGAGAAGCAGGCCAAGGUGGUGUCACUGCCCUCGCACUCCUGCGUCCACAAGCACAACAUCACAGAAGCCUCGUUCGUGCUGAGGGCCGAGGUGGUGCAGCUGGCCGGGGGACUCUGCAUCGUGUGCUUCUGUGCCAACGGACACAUCAUUGCUCUGAGUCUGCCCAGUCUCAGGCCCCUACUGGAUGUGAACUACCUGCCCCUGACGGACAUGAGGAUUGCCAGGACCUUCUGCUUCUCCAACCUGGGCCAGGCCCUCUACAUGAACUCCUCCAUGGAGAUCCAGAGGAUCACCUACAUCCAGGAGACCUGCGACAACCUGCAGGAGAUGCUGAGUGAAUUGUUCACCCCUGUGGAGACGCCCGAAGCCCCAAACAGAGGUUUCUUCAAGGGCCUGUUUGGUGGAGGUGCUCAGUCCCUGGACAGAGAAGACCUCUUUGGAGAAACGACCGCAGGGAAGGCCUCCAGCUCCCUGGCACAGCACAUCCCUGGCCCAGGGGGCAUGGAGGGCAUGAAGGGGGCGGCAUCAGGGGUGGUGGGGGACCUGGCGCGCGCCCGCAUAGCGCUGGACGAGAGAGGGCAGAAACUGGGAGAGCUGGAGGAGAGGACAGCUGCCAUGAUGGCCAGCGCCGACUCCUUCUCCAAGCACGCUCACGGCAUUAUGCUGAAGUACAAGGAUAAGAAGUGGUACCAGCUCUGAUGGCCAAGCGUCCGAAGAGAGAUGGACAGAUCCCGCUCAGAUCCCUCUCUUGCUGUCCUCCUCUCCUCCUUCCCCCCAGAGCACAGUGCCACACCCUGUUUGACCUCUGUCAUCACAAUGCCCUGAGUAUGCUACAGGCCAGGGGCGUGGAGGCUGUCUGGGACAGUCAGUUCUGGAUGGUCAGUCCAUGUCAUGUGGGCGCUGACAGGCCUAAUUUCCAUCCUGUUGAGAGUCAGAGGAGACAGAAAGAGAGAGAGAGCGCAUGUUUACUGUUUCCUUCACAUCAGUAAUGCUCUCCGUCUGUGUGUGCAAGCUACUGUUUGGCAGUCUGGAAGAGAAGGACUACGAGGUCUAUAAACUGUGGAGGUGACAGGUUGUUGUGGUGACAUCCCCAUGCUCUCCAGUGUGAAACAAACACAAUGGACUCCUUAAGCAGAGACACUUCCCAUGUGAUGAAGACAAUGCUGGUGAAAUGUCAUAUCUAUAGCAACGGUAAUGUUUGAUAAAUGGAUGAUUGUUAUCUUUCCGUCAUUCAGAAUCUAGGUUCAGGUUUGCAUCGACUGUUCCAUGUCUCUUGUCGAUUAUUGUAUGUCAUUGUUUGGACAAGUCUGUUUUGAGAACACCAUUCACCAGUUUUUGUCAUGAAUAUACAGAAUAUAUAUUUAAUAGUUUGCAGGAGGGAAAUGAAAAAAGAACCAAGAUUCUUUCCUCAAAGUUACUGUGCUCCUUUUUGAAAUUAUGUACAGUAAGUGGGUCCAUCCACAUCAUGGGUGGGUUUGUGCAGCAUACAUCUGCAGCAGUUUACACGUCUGAAACGAGUUCCUAAUGCACUGGAAAAGCUGGUAAAUGUAACCCCCACAAUUCUUUGGGCAUUCUAGAAGGAAGUUGUUACUUUUGUCUUGAAUGACCUCUGAAGGCUUUGGAUGAUGUCAAUUAGUGUUUAUAUGUUUAAGAACGGAAGCAAGUGUCUCUUGGAGCAAAUGGAAACCGGGUAAAAAAAAAAAGUCAUACUUUCAUUUUGUAGUAAAAAUGGCCAAGAAACAGUGUUUCGAUUAAACUCAUCUCUCUCUCU